GCAACAGCUCCACUUAUAAAUAAUUGUUUAUCCUUUUUUACGUAUAAACUGUAUUGUUCGUAAUUUGUUGCAAAAACAAUUUUUGACACUUAUAAAAAUAAAUUGCUAUGGCUUCAACUCUUGACAGUUAUGUAAAUCACACUGUAUCCAUCAUUACAGCUGAUGGAAGAAAUAUUGUGGGAACAUUGAAAGGCUUUGAUCAAACUAUAAAUCUGAUUCUUGAUGAAAGCCAUGAAAGAGUCUACAGUUCCUCUCAAGGAAUAGAGCAAGUGGUUCUUGGUCUUUACAUUGUUAGGGGUGAUAAUGUAGCUGUUGUUGGAGAAGUUGAUGAUGAACUUGAUGCAAGAUUAGACUUGUCUAAUAUAAAAGCAGAACCACUAAAUCCUGUAUUGCAUUAAAUAUUUGAUUUGAACACUUGUUUUUACUUGUAAAUAAAUGUCUGUUUUAUAUUUUAAA